CGUUUGGACCGGAAAGCCUGGAAACCAUCGUGCACUGCCAACGUACAAUUUGCCAACAUGGAGUCGAGUCUUCGGAUUUUGUGUCUAGUUUCGUUUUUGACAGUUUUCGUGAAUUUUUGUUCUUGCGAUAGCCCCGAGCAUGGAAUUUUUAAUGUCACUUUGAAUGAGAGGGAUCGUUUCAAUGGCGUUUCCAAAAACCUGGCUGAAGAUACUGAAAUAGCCAUAACAGUUGACUGUAACGGGAAAGGGAAGUUUGCAAUAGAAUGGGUUGUGCGCUACACAGAAUGCAAUGGGCUGACUAUGGAUAAUGCAACGGAUUACAUCAGUAGCCUCUUUGACGGUACUAGAGAUUUACCGUUACAUGAAAGGAUGAAGUUUGACGCCGAGGACUAUAUCGCUCUACAGUGGAGCAAUGCAUCCAACAAACUGAGUUGUGAAACUCCGCAUUUACUCCUGCAGGAUGAAUCGGGCCCUGACAGCUACACUUGCUACACCGCAUAUGAUAACAAACACUGUCAGUAUCGUGGGGUAUGGACACCAACAACAGAAACACCAGCAACAGCAUCAGCAGCAGCAGCACCAGCAGCAGCAGCACCAGCAGCAGCACCAGCAGCAGCACCAGCAGCACCAGCAGCCACCAAACAAAAGUCUCCAGGGGACAAAGGGAAAGCCAGCAGCGAGGUCAAGCGAAGAGAUACAGAUGGCCUAGAUGCAGACAAGAACCCGAAGCCAGCGGCAACUAAUCCCUCAGGGACCCCUACACCUACCCCUAAACCUUCAGCUACUACUAAAAAAGCCAAUGCAACGCUACCGAAACCGCUGAAAGGAAGAGUGACCACGACCAACAAGCGGGCUGGCCGUUACUGGGUCCUGGUACACCUUAAGCCCCUCGAAACCCUCGAUCCAACGUUCAAGGUCACCCUCACCAUCACAAUGAAAUCUCCCAGUGGCUUCUUGUCUGCCUACCAGGCUCCGCUGCUUGUUUUCUACGGUGUGAUGUGCGGCGCCUAUUCCAUCCUGACGUUCAUCUGGCUGAUCUUGUUGGCCAUGCAGUGGCGGGAUCUGUUGAGGAUUCAGUUCUGGAUCGGUGGGGUCAUGCUGCUGGGCCUACUUGAGAAGGCAGUGUUUUAUGCCGAGUACGAGAACAUCAACAAUUAUGGCAUGUCUGUUCCUGGGGCUAUCAUCAUGGCCGAGCUCAUCUCAUGUUUCAAGCGCGCAUUGGCCAGAAUGCUGGUUGUUAUCGUCUGCCUGGGCUACGGGAUCACAAGACCUCGUCUUGGUAAGGAUCUUCACUGGGUGUUGGGGGUCGGGAUGCUGUACUUCAUCAUGAGCUCAGUGGAAGCUUGCCUCAGGGUCAAAGGAACUGACCAGAACGAUAUGAUUGCCAUUCUCCCAUUGUCUGUGCUCGAUGCAAUCAUCUGCUGGUGGAUUUUUAAAAGCCUUGUAGACACCACCAGGACCCUGCGCCUACGGCGCAACAUGGCCAAACUCUGGCUGUACCGGCACUUCACCAACACUCUCAUCUUCUGUGUGGUGGCUGCUUUUGUCUUCCUGCUGUGGUCGAUGAGAGUCCAUCGUUGGACCGACUGUAUGAAGAAGUGGAACGAGCUGUGGUUGGACGACGCCUACUGGCACGUCUUAUUCUGCGUCAUCCUCGUUGUUAUUGUCAUCCUCUUCCGCCCGACGGCCAACAAUCAACGAUACGCUUACUCCCCACUCACCGACCGAGAAGGGGACGAUGAAAGCCAAGAACCCAUGCUCAACGACGCAUUUGAGGGCAUGAAGAUGCGGAAUGUUGUGAGUAACCGCAACGAGAGCCAGACCAGCCACAAGACUGACGAUGACCUGAAGUGGGUGGAGGACAACAUUCCUGCAGCAGUGGCUGAUGCUGCCCUAGGUGCCUUCGACGACUCAGAGGAAGAACUCGUUACCAACUUGGAGAGAAGCAAGAUGGAGUAAGCAACACGGCCCUCCCAAACGUCACAGCUAGUACCAGCAAUUAUGUACAGAUGUACCUGUGUGAAAACGGGAGCCAGCUAAACAAGUCUAUGGACAGGUGGCAAUUAUAAACAGGUUGCCGAUAUGUGCAGAUUUGGCCUGCGUUUUGACGGUCAAAGUCUGGACAUGUUAUGACUGUUGCGUCUCUGUCCAAAUAGCCAUGAAUGCCGGUCCGAGAGUACAGAUG